AGACCUCUGGAAUGUCUGCAAAGAUCAGAACUGGGAGAAUGGCAUCCAUGCACACCCGUUCGACUGCACCAAGUUUAUCGAGUGCACGUUCCUGCACACCAACAUCAUGCACUGCCCGCUUGACCUGGUAUUCGAUCCAAUUAAACUCACGUGCACCUUCCGAAACGAGGCGACCUCCUGUCUUGACCACAACGACUACAUCCCGGUCCCCGGACACACCACAUCCGCACCUCCAGCAUCAACCACACAUGCAGGUAAACAGUCACAGAUUCUUGUAUGUAAAGCUAUGAUGAAAAAUAAUCAAAAUACGAUAUGGGAAAGCUUGUUAUAGAAACAAAAAUGAGUUCCCAUACCGAGGUCUCUUUUAUGAGCCGGAAAUGUCUGUCAUGGCCUCGUCGCUGACUAGGUGGGAGAGGGACGGAGAGGGACGAGUUUCUGUUUAAUGGUGGAGCAGUGGGCUAGCCAACUAUUUAUUUUGUACAACAUGGAGAGCCUGCAUAAUCGUGGUCGUUUCUCAACUGGUGACCAGCCCAGUGUUUCCAACAUGCUGCCAACACUUGAGGUGUUUCUGUAGCGGUUUAGGACAAAGCGUGCAUAUCAUCAUUGGAGAGCCUCCAAAUUGUUGAUGCUCUUCAGGGUGAAUGGGUCCAAGACUGAAGAUGCGUACUCUAAAAAGUGUUCGGACAACGGCUUUAUUAGCUUGUUUUCACGCUUGAGUUGCAGAUCUUCAGAUUUCGCAUUAGGAGCCCUAGGGUAUUGUUUGCUAGGCUGCACAUAUUUUAAUGGGCUCGUCCUAUCGGACCUCUCUCUGAAUGUCUUUUAUGGGGGGGGGGGGAUAAAAAAAAAGAAAGUAAAAAAAAAAGCAGCUUAAAAUGAAAUUAGCCCAAAUGGUUCCUAAAUAAUGAGAACAGUGAAUCAGGCUGUGUUGGCUUUAAAAUAAAAAAAUUCCUGAGGUUAACUCUGAAUAACAUAAGGGAGGGUUAAAAAGUGUAAUGCUCUGAAUAUUAAUCUAAAUCUCAUUGGGGUUAAGUAAAAAUUGUUGUAACUGACUUGAAAGACGCUUAAAUAAGAAUAUUAUAAAUUAUCCAUUUGAUUAUAAUAUUUCAGACCCGACUCUAAUGUUUCAGACCUAAUUCUAAUGUUUCAGACCUGAUUCUAAUGUUUCAGACCUGAUUCUAAUGUUACAGACCUGACUCUAAUGUUUCAGACCUGUCCUACGUCUGUAGACAGAACAACUGGAACUCUGGCACGUUCCCCCAUCCUUACGACUGUGCCUACUAUCUGAUCUGCGCCAACUAUCUGACCACCGUGGUCGCCUGUCCCGCCGGUCUGGUGUACGACCCGAUAUCCGGCCAGUGCGCCAGCCCACAUGUCGCAGCACCGUGCAAUGACGUCCAGACCACCACAAACGUCUACACCACAUCUCAAAUCGCCACAACCACAUCACCACAUUACGGUAGGAGCUUAAAAAAUUUACAUUUGAAAAUAAAUAUCUUCAGCUCAAACUCUGUCGCUGCGAAUGACGUCAUCAGGACAUCACACGUGUUGAAAAAAAAAUUGUAACAUAAUUAUUUGAAAUUCAACAUGGGUGACUGCCAUUAACAACUAGAUUCGAUGUCCAUCUGCAUUAUCGGAACUUCUCCGCACUGUGGAGAUAAAGAGAUAGGUCCUAAUGUUAGAAUGGUGUAAAAUACCUUUGUGAGACGUUCCAAGACCCCUAAACCUAUUUACUAAGCACCUGUUUAAAAAAAAAACAAAAAAACAUCAACUAGAAACAACUUUCUAUUUUUAAAAUAUAAGAUAUUUUGUAAAGAAUAUUAAACUAUUGCAAAAAUAUAUAUUUUUUUCCUCCACCCAGAUCUAACUAACGUUUGCAGACAGUUCAACCUACCAGACGGCAUCUAUCCUGACCCGGGCAGUUGUGUGCACUUCGUCGAGUGUGUCGCGACCUUGACCUACCACCUUGAGUGUCCCGAGGGCCUGCAGUUCAAUUCUAAGAUUCUGAUCUGUGACGAUGUUCACCAUAUUAACUGCGGUGACAAUUACAAUUUUGCCUUUGAGCACAUCCAGGUUGGCUAACACAAUUGACCACUGGAUGUGAGCAGACGUAUGAGAUCAUUUUACACUUGUUCAAACAAUGACCCCCUGUAUUUUAACAGACAUAUGCGGCAAUUUCAAUUUUUUUUUUAAACAAUGAUGCCUGGAAGUGAGAAGAAAUUUUAAACUUAUUUGGCUUUUAAAUUUUAGGAAAUAACUGCAAAAAAAAAACCUACAUUUUUUUCCAAUACUUAAUAAGAAUACAAUGUAUAGUUCAAGCAAUUACAUUUAAAAACAAUUAAACUAUUUUUACAUAUUUUUUCUGAUGUUGAAGACACUUUGUAUUGCCGAAUUUUCAAAAAUCUUGUACAUGCCAAACUUGUUAACGGCAUCCAUUGGAAACAUAUGCAUACACCCAUAAUCUAUAAAACAUAAUAAUAAAUAUACGUUUAUUUUUUUAGGCAUAAGA